UAUCACAGCUACAAGGAUCAUCUGAUCCGGUGUCCGAUGGUGUUUUUCAUAUUCACCGUAAACAACCGGUAAGCCUUUUUGGGAAUAAAUGUACACCGAAAAAAAAAAUUAAAUUUUAAAAUAUACACCGAAAAAAGUACGCCGAAUUUUGAACAAAUAAAAAUCGAAAACGCCGAACCCUAUGUAAAGCGAAACGAGCGAUGUGCAUACUUUUAUUGUUCUUUUUUUUUUCUUAGUUUCAACCUGAUACACGAAAUCCAAUUUAUACAAAUUUCUAUAGAUGCGGUUUGUUUUAUCAUGCUUACAUCGAGAUUAUGUUUGAACACUUUUUAGAACGCCGAUCUGCUGACCACAUCGACUGGCUGUCCCAUUGGAGACAAGACCAAUGUCCAGACGGUCGGACCUCGUGGCCCAGUGCUCCUCCAGGAUGUCGUCUUCCUCGACGAGAUGGCGCACUUCGACAGGGAGCGCAUUCCAGAGCGCGUGGUGCACGCCAAGGGAGCUGGAGCCUUCGGCUACCUGGAAAUAACCCACGACAUCACCAAGUACUGCAAGGCAGCCAUCUUCAACCAGGUUGGAAAGAAGACUCCGCUCGCCAUCCGCUUCUCCACUGUCGGUGGCGAGAGUGGAUCAGCAGACACGGUUCGUGACCCCAGGGGCUUUGCCAUCAAAUUUUACACAGAGGAAGGCAACUGGGAUCUCGUGGGAAACAACACUCCCAUCUUCUUCAUCCGGGAUCCUUUCUUUUUCCCGAGCUUCAUCCACACUCAGAAGAGGAACCCAGCCACCCACCUUAAGGAUCCAGACAUGUUCUGGGACUUCAUCAGCCUGCGCCCAGAGACGACCCACCAGGUGAUGUUCCUCUUCUCUGACCGAGGCAUCCCUGACGGCUACCGGCACAUGAACGGCUACGGCUCUCACACCUUCAAGCUGGUCAACGACAAGAACGAGGCAGUCUACUGCAAGUUCCAUUUCAAGACCGACCAGAAAAUCAAGAACCUCCCAGUUGACAAGGCUGGCGAACUUUCUGGCACGGACCCAGAUUACAGCAUCCGUGACCUGUACAACUCCAUUGCAAACAAGCAGUACCCUACCUGGAGCAUGUACAUCCAGGUCAUGACCUUUGACCAGGCCAGCAAGUGGAAGUACAACCCCUUUGACCUGACCAAGGUGUGGCCCCACAAGGAGUUCCCACUAAUCCCUGUGGGUCGUCUUGUGCUGGACCGCAACCCCAAGAACUAUUUCCUGGAGGUGGAGCAGAUUGCUUUCUGCCCUGCCAACCUGGUGCCUGGUGUGGAGCCAAGCCCAGACAAGAUGCUUCAGGGUCGUCUGUUCUCGUACAGCGACACGCACAGGCACCGCCUGGGCCCCAACUUCGUCCAGAUCCCUGUGAAUUGCCCUUACAAGGCACGCGUGGCCACCUACCAGAGGGAUGGCUUCAUGACUGUCACCAACAACGAAGAGGGAGCCCCCAACUACUUCCCCAACAGCUUCUCUGGCCCCGUGGACCACCCAAAGUACAAGGAGCACGUCACCCAGGCCUCUGGAGACGUGGACCGCUGGAACAGCGGAGACGAGGAUAACUUCUCGCAGCCUGGAAACUUCUACAAGAUGCUGAAGGAAGACGAGCGUGACAGGCUGACCUCGAACAUCGCCAACCACCUCAAAGACGCCCAGGAGUUUAUCCGGGCACGCGCCGUCAAGAACUUCAGCAAGGCCCAUCCAGACUGCGGUGCUUCCAUCGCCAAGAAGCUGGACAAACUCGGGCAGUCUGCCAAGCUGUGAAGUGCCUUCAACCGCAAGUCGGGCGCCGAUCAAAUGCUUUAUCACGCUAGAUGUUGCAUUACCCUGCUGCUCUGUUCAUGGAACUUGGGACUCCAUAUCUAUUCUUUCUGGGUUACACCUUUCUUUCUGCUCAGUCUUGUUGCUGGUCAAUAAACCUUGUUAUAACGUUGUGUA